GGUGUUCAUUAGAACCAGGAAGGCAGGUGUGUGUAUGAGCCUGCAGAGCAACCACGAAAAGGGAACCUCUACUGCACCUGACAUCUGGAUAUGUCGCUCAGCAAAGGGAAUUGGUCUGCUCUCUCCAGGCUAACAAAACAAUGGUCAGUAGAUGAUGAAGAGGAGCAGAUAAGAGAAAGAAGAAGAAGAAACCGCAUUUGUUCUAACCCUGGUGAAAAAGCAAUAGAACUUUUAUCUGAGGAUGGAGAAAGUGACAAGUCAUUGCCUUCCUCAAUGUCAGCUCACAGUUCAAAGGAAACUGGGCAAAAGGAACAAACAGAAAAACAUCAGAAAAUUGAAACUGGAAGUGAGAUCCAAGAGCUCAGAAAACCAAGUGAAAACCAAGAGCUCAGAAGCGAAGAAAAAGAAAAGAGCAAGUGUCACAAAGCACAAAAUAGCCAAAAUUCCAGGAGUGAAAUUGAAGUAAAUAAUAGAAAUAUGCAAAAACAUUUUCAGAAGCAUGAGUUACAAAGAGAACAGAGUUUGGAAUCCAAAAAGCAGACCAAAGAAAUAAAUAAAUCAACUGUUGGCAACAACAGCGGGGAAUCUAAUAGCCAAGAGGAAUUUCAAGGACUUAAGAAUCAAGUCAAAGAGAGUCUUGUUUCUGACAAUCAAAAAGAAGUCAGCCAGGGGCCCAAGCAGCAAAAUAAAGGGAUAGUUGACUUCCAAAAGAGCAACCACAAAAUAAAUGGGAACCAGGAGCCAGAAGAUGAGAAACUGCAAAGAGCAGAUAAGAAGAAGGAAAAAGACACUGAUAAAUUAGUAGGUCAGGAUAUUCCUGGCACCUUACCCAGUUCCCUUAGCAUUUCUGCAGUUCACAGAGAUGUGGCAACUGACAUAUAUCCUUCUUCAGAUUCUUUACCAUUGAAUGAUCAUGGAACAUCCUCCAGCACCAAAACAACAGAAACAUAUCGGAGCCAAGUUUAUGUAAGCACUGUAAAGAUUUCAAAGAAGCAUAGUACAAGUGAUAUAGAUGACAGAGAUCAUUCAGAAACAGCUUUACCUGUGCAAAACAAAACAGAGGUUGACGCCCCUUCUUUCAUCAACACAAUAAAGAGAACCGAAAUGCACAUUCCAUCAUUAUCAAGUAGAUCUAACAGUAACAAAGAGGGUGACCUUCCUUUAUCCCCACCACAUUCUUCUCAGAUUAGACAAUUUAGUCCACGGACCAGCUCCUUCCGGGCAUUGUCUCAAACUGAAGAUAAAGAUGAUGGUGCUUUCUCACGCAAUUCCAAUCUACGAUUUUCUCUUCGGAGCCGAAAUAUAGAAGACAGAAUGGAGAAAUAUGCAUCAGCUGUGCAGAGAUCAGGAAGUGUCCGCAUAAGCAAACCCCAAAGUAGAUGUGUCAUUGGAGCAUCAGAUGGUAUCGCCAGCAAGCGAAGUAUUUUUGAGAAAGAUGAUAACCCUACAAAUAAAGCUUCCAGCAUUACCAAAAAGGAUUUUACUCUUCCUGUUGCUGUCACCUCCCGUAUUAAUCAGUGGGCCAGCAAAACCCAGGAGGACUCAACUUCUGCUGCAAGACCCAAGGAAAUCAGCACUGGUCAUGUUUCCAAUAAAAAAAAAUUAUGGCAACAAAAAUCUCAGUCAUCAAGUGAUACCAAGCUUUGAUAUACAGGAACAAAGAAAAUCAUUGGACAUUCCCUUUCGUUCUUUAACAAAUAUCUUUCAUUUAUCUCCAUAUUCCUUCCUACUCUGAUUUCCUUAUUCGAUAUUUGGUUUAAAGCAAUGAGAAACAAAAUAAAUGACAACAACAAAUUAUAUAAUUCAUUACAUUACUGGUUACAUCACAUAAAUAUAUUCUACAUAUUUACAGUUGGCAUUAAAAAAAUAUUAUCACCUAACAGCUACAAUAAAAAAAAGAAAAACACUAAAUCAGUUUCCACAAAGGGCUGCAAUUUUAUAUUUCAAUUAGCAGAGUAUGAAAAGAAAAAAAUCACACCUCAGUCCAAUCCGGAAGACAGUGGUGACCGUAAAGAAGAUGACAAUGAGAGAAGAAUGGAUGCUGAAAACAGUGUAAUAUCAGUGUACUAAUGAUGAAAACAACAAUGAUUCCAAGAUAAUUCACAGUCACAAAUUUAAGAUUACAUGUAUACGUGGUUAUUUACGACCUACAAAUGCUGUUGUGAUCACUCAAUUUUAGGUGCAGUCAUUGCACAAAAUAGCACAAUUCAUUAAGGGUACUUGCAUCUAAAGCCAUUCCUUGCACUUCCUCACAGUUGUGCUCUGCACCACUGGGUCAGUCCCUCCUCCUAUUAACACAGAGGACUUAAUCAAAAGUGGCCCAUACUUGGGCCUAUAAAAUCAGGCUCAGACAAGAGGGAUUUUUGUUACUCAUCAGCUGUAAUUGUGUCAGGUAUCUGCAUUGUGGGUAAAAAACAUGGCGACUUAUGCCCGAUAUUGCACUUUGCACACUGCCCCUGAGAUUGUAAAUGAGUCCCAAUAAGUACUGCUUUAACAUAAAAAGCUGGUAGCAAAGCUGUUCUUUUGAAAUGAUGAAGUCAGGUUAUAAUCCCAAUAUUUAUGGGGUUUUUUAUUUUACACCUUUCCCCACUUUGAAACAAUUCACUGUUCAAACAAUAAUGGCAUCUGUGGUCUAGGAGAUUUAACCAUUUAGCAUUUGGUGAAAUAGCGGGACUAUGACUGUUAUGGAGCAUUUGUUCAAGCCAAUGGAUGUAAUAUGUGUAUGUGACCAGAUUUUUAUUUAAGUGCAUUAAUUUUAUAUACAACGAUAGUCAAUAUCCUUAUUAAUCUUACCUUUACAUUUUGUCCAUACAAUGAUCAACAGCCUAUCAUAUUAGAGGGAUAGUUCACCUUAAAGUUAGCUUUAAGUAUGUUAUAGAAUGUCCUGUUGCAACUUUGUAAUUGGUUUUCAUUAUAUAUUUUUAUAGCUUUCUAAUAAUUUGCCUCUUCUGCCUCUGUCCAGUUUUCAAAUGGGGUCACCGACUCCAGUGUCCAAAAAACUACUGCUCUGUAAGGCUAUAAUUUUUUUUCUUACUUUUUCUUACUUAUCUUCCUAUUGAAUUACCCUUUCCUUAAUACAGUAUGACAUUCAAACCACUGCUUGGUUGCUAGGUUAAAUAAGACCCUAACAACCAAAUAGCUGCUCAAAUACCAAACUAGAGAUGUUGAACAAAAAGCUAAAUAACCAAAAAAACAAAAAAUAGUAAUUCAAGCCCAAAUGCAAAUUGUUUCAGAAUAUUAAUAUCUACAUGAUACUAAAAGUUUAUUUAAAGGUGAACUUCCCUUUAAAGCUUUUAAUCAAGGAAUGAGCAGAAUAUUUAAUUAUGAGAAUAAUGUAAAGAAUAAGUGGAUAACGUAUUAUUAGAGAGAGGGGCUACCACUCAAAACAAGCUAAAUGAGCUCAUACAUCCACCAGCCACACUCAAUGUUGUCCUAGUCUUCAGAGGCAAAACACAAUAAAUGACAAUUUCUUAAAUUUGGAAACUCAGUCUGGUGGCACAAGAAUCUCCAUGAUCCUUUCAUUGUUCAGCUUGCAGCUGGCUGGAAAAGGCUAAUCACUGAUUGGUUGCUAUGGGUUACUGCCCAGGGGCAAAUUUGCAAAGUGCUUAUAUAAGCCCCAGUUACUAUGUUUUAACUGCUCUGAAUUUGCUCCAUUGGCACUUUAUAAGAUCAAGAAUAUACACCAAUUAUCUCUCUGGCUUUUUGGCUGGAACAUAUUAUAAAAAAUACCAAUUUCUCCAGUUAGGCUUCAAGUUGGAUGAACCACUUACUUAACAAUGGUCUCUUUGGAUUCAUGCAGAAUAUAUGCGCAUAGGAUCAUUUUUUGCCAAUACAGAGCAUAACGUAUUAACCUGACUGUAUCUGCAAGAAUGCUGAGGUAGAUACCUGAAAUGUGCAUUGGAACUUUUUAAUUUUCUCUUUGAACAGAGGUUAUGUUAACUUUUUUUGUUUUGUCUUGUCUGUUCUGUACCUAUCUUUUUAUACUAUUUCUUAUGCUGCCAAUAAUUUAAGAGAAAUGUAAUUUUAUUUGUUGCUAUGUUUUAUGGGUAUUUUUAAGUUCUAUUAAACUUUGCUUGUGGCUUAUAUUUGUA